AUGUUCUACCUAGUUGUUAUGUAUUUGGAUCAUGUUGAUUUCUCCCAUCGUCAAGUAUAUGAUUCUUUUCCUCGAAUUGAAGUUUGGAAGCAUAACUUGAUCAGACAUUUUUCUGAUCCUGAUCUAAAAUCUCCUUCUGUUUAUGGUAUGAGGCCUCUUCUUGAUUUCCAGAAGACAUGCUAUUUCAAGGCUGUUACUGCUCAGCUAGGUGCUGAGCCAUCUGAUGAUCUUCCUCUCUUGUCUAAACUUGAAGAAGUUUGUGGUUGUGAUGUACCUGAUAUUUUGAAAGCUAGUGUGGUUUCUUUGAUUGAAGAUCAUUGCAAGAGUUGUGUUUCUCCAAUUCCCGAUGAUCUGUUAAAGUCAAGGGAUUUAGUUCUUAAAGUGUUGAAGUUGUUUGUUGAUUAUGAUAACUCUUCUGAUCAUCCUGUUGCUUCUCCUAUGAAACCUACUUCAUCAGAUCCUGAUAAUGUUGUUGUUGGAAGUCAUGUUUUUCAGUCUAAUGUUGAUAAAGUUGUUGGAGGUUCUUCUUCUGCUAAGGAUCCUACUGUUUCUUCUUCUGUUCUGAAGAAAGUUAGGUUGUCUUCAGAUGUUCCUAGAAAAGAUAUUUCUCAGCCAUAUGAUGUUUCUUCUAAAAGUGUUCGUCGAGGUGAUGAUGUUCCUAAAGGUUCUCACCAAACUGUUCAUUCUCAUCCUGUUGGUGAUGUUAUUCCUGUUGGCAAAGAUAAUGAUACUGAUUCUGAAGUUGAUAUAGUUCUGUCUGCAGAUCAUUACAUUGGAGCUACUAUAGUUAUGCAGACUCUCCCAUUUUCUGAUGAUGAGUCUCCUCUCCUAACUCCUAAUUUGUCGAAGAAGUUGCGUCCUAAGCCUCAGUUGCAUUCUUCCUCUAAGCCUGGUUGUUCUGUUGCUGCUCCUGUUAUUUUAUCUUCUCCUGAAGUUGCUAUUGUGGGUUCGAUGUCUUUAUCUCAGAAGCUCAGGUCGAUGGGCAAGAAAUCAGAAGUUGUUUAUAAUUCAAAGUUACAGAAUUCAAGUUCUGGUUUACUCACUUCUAAAAAAUCUUUAUCCAAGAUUCAUGGUUAUCCUUCUGUUUCUCCCAACCAAUUUGCUGGAUCUUCUGGUAAAUCUGAUUCCAAGGUGUCAAAUUCUUCUACUGGUGGGAAGGUUCCUCUUCAUGGUCCUAGGAGGAAUGUAAAGCCCAAUCGUUUCUAUAGUGACGAGUUUGAGAUUGAAAGGGGUAAAUUCAAAGUGAACGAUUCUCAGAUUAAGAAUUACAAGGCUAUUUGUAAUCUGACUAUGUCUCCUAAUAGUGGUGAUGAUGCUAUUUUUUUGGUGGAGUUCGGUGCACUUUUUGGUCUCUUGGAGAAUCUAUGA